AAAAUAAAAGGCAAUGUUCGGUGGACGGACGUCGUUUCGACUUUUGUAUUCCGUCAUGCAAUAAUUUUUGUCAUUCAUGAAUUCAUUGGUAAAAAGAUAUUUAGGUGGAGUCACCGUCGCAAACGUUAGAUUAUAAAUAAAAAUGUUGUUUUAGUAUUCGAUUUCGCGUAGUAUAUAAUAAAGCACUUGAUAGGUCUGUGACAAGUACGGUAAUGGUGGCCAUGUCAUGAAAAUCCCCACAGCCAUGGAUGAUAGCUCCGUUUCUCAUCACAACGGAGGGCAAGUGGGAUCUGAAAUAGGUGUUAGUGUAAAUAAUAAACAAAAUGAAGAAUCUAGUCAAAGUGUCCAGUAUUCGAUACCGGGCAUUUUGCAUUUUAUCCAACAUGAAUGGGCGAGAUUCGAACUCGAAAGAUCACAAUGGGAGGUGGAUAGAGCUGAGUUUGAGGCACGGAUUGCCUUCCUUCAAGGUGAAAGGAAGGGCCAAGAAAAUUUAAAAAAUGAUCUGGUUAGGCGGAUCAAAAUGCUUGAAUAUGCAUUAAAACAGGAAAGAGCAAAGUUUCAUAAACUGAAGUAUGGUGUGGAACUGCAACAGGGAGAUAUGCGCCCACCACCAGAUGAGCCACCUGUAGAACCAGAGCCAGCAGAAAGAACACAGUGGAAGCAGGGUCGUCAACUUAUAAAACAAUACCUGCAGGAAGUAGGUUAUACAGACACAAUACUGGAUAUUCGUUCUAAUCGAGUAAGAACAUUAUUGGGUGUGAAUAAUGAGGAGCAGGCUGAGGAGUCCAAUUAUAGAAAUUGUGAUAAGCAUCAUUAUUCCACAAACACAGCUGUUGGCCGCAAAAUGAUGAUGUAUGACUAUGGUGGUAAAGAGCAACAACGCAAAGGUGCUGUGUCUAGUGGUGGAGGUUACAAUGAGGAAGGGCUCUCAGUGCAAGAAAAUGCAGUUUUUGCUAACUUUGAAUUCCUGGCUAAUCAAGAGAUGGAUAUGGACGAAAUUGAAGAUUUAAAUGCCAAACAAAUGCACCACACUACAAAUAAACAAGGUGAAGAAGUAGACCAUGAAGCAGAAGAAGUGCUUAAUGAGCUGAAUUUGCUUACCGAAACUGAGGCUGAUGGUGGUGGUCAGGGUGAUGAAUAUGUUGUGAAAUUCCCAAGCGGUACCACCAGUAGUGGGCCAGCUGGUGAAGCGGAUGAGAAGCCUCUAGCGCUUGGCGAGCUCGCGCAGCUCACGGUCAGCAAUGAGCCAGAAGGAUACGAUGUGGCCGGCGCCAGCAAAGAGUCUUUCCGCAAAACGUGGAACCCCAAGUAUACGCUGCGUUCACAUUUUGAUGGGGUACGGGCUGUUGCUUUCCAUCCCACCGAGGCAGCAUUAGUCACAGCGUCCGAAGACCACACCCUUAAGCUGUGGAAUCUCCAACGAACAGUACCAGCUAAGAAGUCGGCCGGCUUGGAUGUGGAGCCCCUGUACACGUUCAGAGCGCACUCCGCUCCAGUGCUGUGCCUGGCCAUGGGGGCUCCUCGCUCAGAGGAAUGCUUCUCUGGAGGAAUUGAUGGGACAAUCCGUGUGUGGAACCUACCUUCGCUCACUGCCGAUCCUUAUGACCCAUAUGAUUCUGCUGUACAGGGCCCCGUGCUACGCGAGCACACGGACGCGGUGUGGUCGCUGUCGUGGUCGCACGGGCGGCUGCUGUCCGCGUCGGCGGACGGCACGGCGCGGCUGUGGGCGCCGCGCGCGCCGCGCCCGCUGCUGUGCACGCUGCGCGACGACGUGGCGCCCGCGCCACUGGCGCCGCCCGCGCCCGCCGCCGCCGACUUCGCCGACGCGGCCACGCGGGCCGCCGUCGUCUACAACGACGGCUCGCUGCUGCUCUACGAUCUGGAGACUUCGCAGACGGUGCUGCGCGUGUCGUGCGCGAGCCCGGCGCACCGCGUGCGCUCGCACCCCACGCUGCCGGUGCUGGUGACGGCGCACGAGGACCGCCACAUCCGCUUCUGGGACGCGGUGUCGGGCCGCUGCGCCAACGCGAUGGUGGCGCACCUGGACGCCGUCACCGGCCUGGCGCUCGACCCCAACGGCCUGUUCCUGCUCUCCGGCUCGCACGACUGCUCCGUGCGCCUCUGGAACCUGGACACCAAGACGUGCGUGCAGGAGAUCACGGCGCACCGCAAGAAGUUCGACGAGGGCAUCCUGGACGUCGCCUUCCACCCGAUGCGGCCCUACAUCGCGAGCGCCGGCGCCGACGGGCUCGCCAAAGUGUUCGUCUGAACGCCGCAUCGUAUAAUGUACAUGUCGUUUCACUCCAGCCCCGCCCCGGUGCGACCGGGCGGCGCGAGUGUAUGUUAUCAGUAGCGCGUCGCCCGUAGAGCGACCGUCGACCGACCGUCGACCGACCGUCGACCGACCGUCGACCGACCUCGGAGCGUCUAGUCGUCUCGUCCGGUCGCAGAUUCGACGACCGCCGCCGUGUAAUCCUUACGUUUCAUGAAGGCGCACUCGAUAUGUACUUUCUUAAAUUUAUGUGUAUUAUUCAGUGUUAUGAUUCUAUCGAAAUGCGGAAGCUCCCCACUUUCAGUUUCGAACGUACGUCUGUAGGAUAAAUCGUGGAACGUAUAUGAUACGACAGUAGAGGGGCGGUGUUCGUGAAAUGCAAUGAUUAUACGUUUCGUUUUUAACGUAUUUAAAAAUAUUGUAACGUAACGUUCCGGGCGCGCUUCGACGCUCGUCACAAGCGCGUAGUGGACACUCAUCUAUGUAUAGACAUUUGGAAUCUAUUAUAAUAUAUUUUUAGACUUUCAGUAUGUGGAUUUUAGGUUUUUAUCGCGACUUUUUCACCGAUUUUAAUAUACGCAGUGAGUUAAAGAUAUUGUUCGUUUCUAUGCAUCUGUAAGCGAGACCUUUGUAAUAAAUAUUAUGAGGAUAUCGAAGAUGUUUCUUUGAUACGUUCGUGUCACGUAUCUGUACAGUUAGAUUUUAUGCAGUAUUUGAUAUUUUGCAGAUAACGUUCGAAGUGAUUACAUUAGCUAGUAUAUAUUUUAUUUAAAUCGUUUCGAUUUAUAUAGACGAUACUUACGUUUUGUCUUAUGUACUGAAUCUUGCUCUCAUAAUAUCUCGUGCAAUGAGGAGCGGUCGAACAAAAAUUGAAUGGCUAGGAGUACUGUAUUGGAAGUAACAUAAGUAAUGUUUGUUCAUAACGAAUACUGCAAUGUAGAAUAUAUAUUAUAAAACAUUACAUAAUUAUUCCUUUAUUUUCCUCGAAUUCAUAUGUACACAUACAUCCAAAUUGAUAGUAAAAAGCAACAUAACCGAA